GGAGGGGCCGUGGGGAGUAUAGGAUAAGGUGUACUGCUACUUUAAAAUUAUGCCUGCCUGGCCCCUCCAGGUCCCGCCCCCUGCUCCAGGCACCUGCGGAAGGCCUGGGGAGCUCAGUUCCCUGCGGGCCGCAGAGCUGACUGCACCGAGUUUCAGACACCAGCUGCUACCCAUGUCUCCGCUGUUGCCCAGGACGCCUUUGGAACUACCUCAGUGUGAAAACGUGCCUGCAGUCUCCCGAAAAUGGAAGACCUGCCGGUUCCUUAGAGCACCUGGCUUCCACGUGGGGCUGGCGAGCAGCGGCAGCGGCCUGAUUACUUAUUUAGGGACGCUUUCCCGGGAGGAGAAUGCUUUUUUUGUAAACAUGCAUUGCCCGGUUCUCUCCCUGAGCUUCGGUUUCUUGUUUCACAUCCUUGAAACGUCGAUCUUUUCCUACUUCGCUUCCCUGUCGCGGGCUGACGCGCAGGGCCUUUUCCCGAGGCUGGAGAACGUGGGCGCUUUCAAGACUGUCUCGGUUGUGCCAACCCACGCAACGUGUGGGCUCCCAGACGGAAGCACGUUCUGCCGCAUCUCCGAGGCUGCUGACAGUCUGGAGUUCUGUAGCCAGCAGCUUUGCGUCCAGGACUGCCCCCACAGAUCUGCACCCCCGGCCUUCACCGCCCUUCUCUCAGCAGGCCUCGGGAGCUGCAUCGCCACCGACCAGCAGGACCUGCAGCCCUACUCCCGGAAAAACGCCACAAGCUUUAUUUUCGGAAAUCACAAGAAUUGCUUUUCCGCUCCUCCUUCUCCAAAGCUGGCGGCAUCCUUUACUCUAGCUGUGUGGUUGAAACCCGAGCAAGAAGGUGUAAUGUGUAUUAUAGAGAAGACGGUGGACGGGCAGAUCGUGUUCAAACUCACAGUAUCCGAGAAAGAGACCGUGUUUUAUUACCGCACAGAACAUGGUUUGCAGCCUCCAAUAAAAGUAACAGCACUGGGGAGAAUUCUCGUGAAGAAAUGGAUUCAUCUGAGUGUGCAGGUGCACCAGACGAAAAUCAGCUUCUUCAUCAAUGGGGUGGAGGAGGAUGGAACGGCCUUUGAGGCUCGGACUCUGCGUGGUCCAGUCGCGGAUGCUGCCUCUGGCGCCACGCAGAUAGGACAGAGCGCGCACGGCUUAGAGCAGUUUGUUGGAAGAAUGCAAGAUUUUCGCUUAUACCAAGUGGCUCUUACAAACAGGGAGAUCCUGGCUGUCUUCUCCGGGGACCUGCCCGGGCUGCACGUGCAGCCGCACUGCCGGUGCCCCGGCAGCCACCCCCGCGUGCACCCUUUGCGGCAGCGGUACUGCGUCCCUAACGGCGUGGAGGACACCACCGGCAACAGGGUGUUGCGGCUGAGUCCUGACGCCCACCCCCUUUCUUUUGUCAAUGACAAUGAUGUGGGUACUUCGUGGGUGUCACGUGUGUUUACGAACAUCUCCCAGCUUGAUCGAGGAGUGACCGUGUCCCUAGAUUUGGAAAACGGACAGUAUCAGGUGUUUUACAUCAUCAUCCAGUUCUUCAGUCCCCUGCCGACAGCGAUAAGGAUUCAAAGGAAGAAAGAAGGCAGCCUGGAUUGGGAAGACUGGCAAUUCUUCGCUAGAAACUGCAGUGUUUUUGAAAUGGCAAACGACGGAGAUUUGGAAAAUUCUGAUUCUGUCAACUGCCUUCGGCUUCCCAAUUUUACUCCAUAUUCCCGUGGUAACGUCACAUUUAGUAUCCUCACGCCUGGACCAAACGCCCGCCCCGGAUACAAUGAUUUCUAUAAUACCCCAUCUCUUCAGGAGUUCGUGAAAGCCACACAAGUAAGGCUUCAUUUCCACGGACAGUACCAUACAACCCAGCCUCCCGCCAGCCUCAGACACCGCUACUACGCCGUCAGUGAAAUCACCAUCACUGGGAGGUGUCAGUGCCAUGGCCACGCUGCCCACUGUGACACGGCCAGCCGGCCCUACCGCUGCCUCUGUGCUCAGGACAGCUUCACCACGGGACUGCACUGUGAUCGCUGCCUGCCUCUUUAUAACGACAAGCCUUUCCGCCCUGGAGAUCAAGUUCACGCUUUCAGCUGCAAACCUUGUCAAUGCAACGGCCACUCCAGAAGCUGCCACUAUGACCGCUCAGUGGACCCAUUCCCGGCUGAGCACCACAGAGGCGGGGGAGGAGUCUGUGAUGACUGUGAGCACAAUACGACAGGAAGGAGCUGCGAGCUGUGUAAGGAGCACUUUUUCCGGCCGGUCGGGGCAGAUCCCUCAGCCGCGGAUGUGUGCCGGCCAUGUGGCUGCCACGAAGCUGGCACUAGAAACAGCAGCCUCCGGUGUGACCAGAUCGGAGGCCAGUGUGAUUGUAAGAGACGUGUUACCGGCAGACAGUGCAAUGAGUGCCUGAGCGGAUUCUACAACCUGCGCAGGCCAGAUCCCGACGGCUGCAGUCCCUGCACCUGCAAUGCCUCCGGGACCGUGGAUGGAGAUAUUACCUGUCACCCGGAGUCAGGCCAGUGCAAGUGCAAAGCCAACGUCAUGGGGCUCCGAUGCGAUCGCUGCAACUUUGGAUUUAAAUUCCUCCGGAGUUUUAACGAGGACGGAUGUGAGCCCUGCCGGUGUCACCCCUACGGCUCCGUGGACCGAGGCUGCGACCCUCUUUCGGGCCAGUGCGCGUGCCGAGGGGAAGCUAGAGGCCUCCAAUGUGACACCUGCGGAGACCACUUUUACGGCCUGGACUCCGCCGGCUGCAAGGCCUGCCUCUGCGACCCCGCCGGGUCCCUCCCCGGGACGGUCUGCGACGCGCGCACGGGCCAGUGCCGCUGCAAGCCCCACGUCGGAGGCCGGCAGUGUGACGGGUGUGUGGAGGGGUACUUCCGCCGACCGCAAAACGAUUCUUUCCUCUGCCUGCCCUGUGACUGUGACAAGACGGGGACGGUAAACGGCUCCCUGCUGUGCGACAAAUCCACAGGACAGUGUCCUUGCAAGUUAGGGGUAACUGGUCUUCGCUGCAACCGCUGUGAGCCUCACAGGUACAACCGGACCGCUGGCGGUUCCCAGGGCUGCCAGGUGUGUGAGUGCGACUCCUCGGGGACAGUACCUGGGACCGUUUGUGACCCAGGCAGCGGCCAGUGCCGAUGCUUGCCUGAUCGUCAAGGAAGAAGGUGCAAUCAGUGUCAACCAGGUCUGUAUGUCUCCCCGGGCAAUGCCACCGGCUGCCUGCCUUGUUCCUGCCACCCAGCUGGUGCAGUCAGCCACAUCUGCGACAGCCGGACGGGCCAGUGCGUUUGCCAAGAUGCCUCCACCGCGGGGCCCCGUUGUGACCGCUGCCAGGACCUGUACUUCGGAUUCGAUCCUCAGACUGGAAGAUGUCAGCCUUGCAAUUGUCAUCUCUCAGGAGCUUUGAAUGAGACCUGUCACUUGGUCACGGGCCAGUGUUUCUGUAAACGAUUUGUCACCGGCUCCAAGUGCGACGCCUGUGUUUCCGGCGCGAGCCACUUGGACGGCAGCAACCCCUGGGGCUGCAGCAAGGCUCCGUCCCAGCAACCCCCUCCCAGAGGACGAGUUCAAAGUUCUUCUGCUAUCAAUCUCUCCUGGAGCCCACCUGAUUCUCCCAAUGCCCACCGGCUUACUUACAGUUUAUUCAGGGAUGAUUCUGAUAUCUACACAACUGAAGAUCAAUACCCAUACAGUAUCCAGGACUUCUUAGACACUGGCCUGUCACCGUAUACCUCCUAUUCCUAUUCCGUCAAGGCUACCAACGUGCACAGCUCGACAUGGAGUGCAGCGGUGACCUACAGGACAACCCCGGGGGUCCCAGAGGGACACCUGAACUUGACUUACGACAUUCCUGUCGGCCCCAACUCUGUGACACUCACCUGGACAGCACCCUCAAAUCGUUCUGGGCCCAUAGAGAAGUACAUUCUGUCCUGCACCCCUUUAGAUGACGUCCGGCCGUGCGUUCCCCAUGAAGGUCAUGAGACCUCAGCAACCAUCCAGAACCUGGUCCCAUUCACGAAGUACCACUUUUCUGUGCAGGCAUGUACUCAAGGGGGCUGUUUGCACAGCUCACCCGUAACGGUGACCACAGCCCAGGCGCCGCCUGCAGGGCUGGGCCCACCCCGGGUGCGGAAGAUCAGUCCCACAGAGCUUCACGUAGACUGGGCUCCGCCGGGGCAACCAAAUGGAAUAAUUAUAAGAUACGAACUCUACAUGAGAAGAUUGAGAGCUAAUGGGGAGACCGUGUCAGCGGAAAGGCGGGUUUUCGAGAGCAGCUGCUGGCUCAGUCCGCGCCCAUUUGCAGAAUCAGCCGAUGAACACGCGCUGACAGCUCCUCAGGCAUCCGCAACCAUCACCGGCCUGGAGCCGUACACCCAGUAUGAGUUCAGAGUCUUGGCCGUGAACAUGGUUGGCAGCGUGUCCUCGGCCUGGACCUCGGAAAGAACCGGAGAAUCGGAGCCUGUGUUCAUGGCCCCCCCUGCGGUGCUCCCCCUCUCACCGUCGUCUCUCAACGUGUCCUGGGAGAAGCCGGCCGACACCGUGGUCAGAGGGCAGGUGGUGAGGUACAACAUCCGCACGGUUUCUGAACAGCCACCUCAACGGUCUGCUCCGGGGGUGUUCUCACAGGUGGUGGCCACAGCCAACCCCCAGCAAUUGUCCUAUGUUGUAAGUGGCCUGAAACCCUACAGAAUCUACAACUUCACCGUUUCUGUCUGCAACUCAGUGGGUUGUGUAGCCAGUGCUCCGGGAGCCGGACAGACACUAGCAGCAGCACCGGCCGGGCUGCGGCCUCCGCUGCUGGAAGGGCUCGGCAGCACCACCAUCCACGCCCGAUGGCUCCCACCUGAGGAACUGAACGGCCCCUCCCCGGUCUACCAGCUGGAGAGGAGAGAGUCCUCGCUCCCGGCCCCCGGGGCCAGCAUGGUGAGGGGGAGGCGCUUCCCAGGACACGGGUAUUGCCGCUUUCCCAGCUCCACUCACCCCAUCAACACGGACUUUACCGGCAUCAAGGCCAGCUUCCGCACCAGGGCGCCUGAAGGUGUGAUCGUCUUUGCUGCGUCCCCGGGCGGUCAGGAGGAGUAUUUUGCACUGCAGUUGAAACGCGGGCGUCCUUAUUUUCUUUUCGAUCCUCAGGGCUCGUCAGUGGAAGUGACCACAACCAAUGACGAUGGCAAACAAUACAAUGAUGGCAAAUGGCAUGACGUCAUCGCUAUCCGGCAUCAGGCUGUCGGCCAAAUCACCCUGGACGGGCAGUACACUGGUUCCUCUGGGCCCCGGAACGGCAGCACGAUCAUUGGCGACAACACAGGCGUGUUUGUGGGGGGCCUGCCGAGGGGCUACGCCAUCCGGAGGAGGCAUCCCGGCAUCAUCCGAAAGGGCUUUGUGGGCUGUCUCAAGGACGUGUAUUUUAUGAAGAAUUACAACCCCUCUGCUCUGUGGGAGCCUCUGGAUUGGCAGAAUUCUGAAGAGCAACUCAACGUGUACAACACCUGGGAAGGAUGCCCCUCCUUGCUGCAGGAGGGGGCCCAGUUCCUAGGGACAGGAUUCCUGGAGCUUUACCCAUACAUGUUCCAAGGUGGACUGGACUUUGAGAUUUCUUUCACCUUCAGAACAGACCAGUUGAAUGGAUUGCUUCUCUUCAUUUACAACAAAGAUGGACCUGAUUUUCUUGCUGUGGAACUGAAGAGCGGGCUCCUGAGCCUGCGGCUGAACACCAGCCUUGCCCUCACCCGCCUGGACCUGUGGCUGGGGCUGUCCUACUGCGACGGACAGUGGAACAAAGUCGUUCUCAAGAAGGCGGGCCCCGUUGUCUCAGCGAGCGUGAACGAGCUGACGGAGCGCGUGUCGGAGUCCAGAGCCCAGCCCCUGACGCUGAACUCCCCCGUGUAUGUGGGGGGAGCCCCAUCGUGGCUGCAAGACGCGUAUAAACACCUGACUUUGGAACCAGGUUUCGGUGGCUGCAUGAAGGACGUGGCGUUCGCACGGGGUGCCGUUGCUCACUUGGCGUCUGUGUCCAGCGGUGCUGUCAGAGUCAAUCUGGACGGGUGCCUGUCAAGUGACAGCGCAGUUAACUGCCGGGGAAAUGACUCCAUCCUGGUGUACCAGGGAGCAGAGCGGAGCGUCCUCGAGCACGGCCUCCAGCCCUUCACAGAAUACCUGUAUCGAGUGAUAGCCUCACAUGAAGGCGGUUCCGUCUAUAGUGAUUGGAGCCGGGGACGAACCACCGGAGCCGCUCCGCAGCGCGUGCCGCCUCCCGCCCGAGUCCGCAGCGCACACGGGCGCGGCGUGGAGGUGGCCUGGGAUGACCCCGCCGUGGCGAGGGGUGUGAUCGAGAAGUACCUCCUGCGAGCCUACCGGGAGGGCGGCAGCCCCCACCCACCCCGCACGCCCGCCGCCACUUCGGAGCUGGCCAACGCCAGCGCCCGCUCAGGCGUGCUGACAGGCUUGCUACCCUUCACGAGCUACGCGGUAACCCUAACCGCCUGCACUCUGGCCGGCUGUACUGAGAGCUCACAGGCAUUGAACAUCUCUACUCCACAAGAAGCGCCACAAGAGCUUCAGCCACCAGUAGCCCAGUCCCUUCCCGAUUCUCUGCUAGUCUCCUGGGAUCCGCCCAAAAAGGCGAACGGCAUUAUAACGCGGUACUCUCUGUAUAUGGAUGGCACGCUGAUCUAUUCAGGCAGCGGAGAGAACUACACAGUCACAGAUUUAGCAGUAUUCACGCCCCACCGGUUUCUACUGAGCGCGUGCACAUGUGCCGGAUGUACAAACAGCUCCCUGGUCACGCUGCACACGGCCCAGCUGCCCCCAGGGCACGUGGACCCCCCCACUCUGACCAUCCUGGACCCGAGGACUGUACACGUACAGUGGAAACAACCGAGAACAGCAAAUGGAAUUCUGGAACGCUAUAUAUUGUAUAUUUCAAAUCACGUGCAUGAUUUUACAAUUUGGGACGUCAUCUAUAACAGUACAGAGCUUUCUGAGGAUCACAAACUACAACACCUUUUGCCCGGGACUAAAUAUCUUAUCAAGCUGGGGGCUUGCACAGGGGGCGGGUGCACACUGAGCGGGGCCAGUGAGGCCCAGACCACGGCAAGUGCACCCGAGGGUGUGGCCGCCCCCAGCGCGCACUCCUAUUCACCCCACUCCUUCAACGUCUCCUGGACAGAGCCUCAGUAUCCGAACGGUGUUGUCACUAGUUAUGGGCUGUAUCUGGAUGGCGUGCUAAUUCACAACUCCUCAGAACUCAGCUGCCACGUCCAUGGGUUCGCGCCGUGGAGCUUACAUUCCUUUCGCGUGCAAGCAUGCACGGCCGAAGGCUGCGCGCUGGGCCCACUGGUAGAAAAUCGAACUCUAGAAGCUCCUCCGGAAGGAACGGUAAAUGUGUUUGUCAAAACAGAGGGAUCCCGGGAAGCCCGCGUGAGCUGGGCAGCCCCUUCGCACCCGAACGGACGCUUGACGUACUCGGUCCUUUUUACUGGGAUGUUCUACACAGAGCAAGCAGAUAAUAACUGGGCUUUCCUGCACGGCACAAAAGUGGUGCACAGUGGCGAAGAGACUGACGUCUGGGUGCCUGUCGCCGGGCUGGUCCCUUUUACUAACUACACCGUGCACGUGAAUGCUUCCGGUGCCCGGGGCAGCUUGCUGAGCGAUCCCACUAUGCUCGUCAUGCCACCAGGGGCUCCAGAUGGCGCGCUGCCUCCCAGGCUUUCAGCUGCCGCUCCGACCAGUCUUCAGGUUGUCUGGUCCCCACCAGCUCGCAACAACGCCCCGGGCUCUGCCCGGUUCCAGCUCCAGAUGAGGCCCAGCCACUCCCCCCGCGGAUUUCUAGAGUUAUUUUCCAGCCCCUCGGCAUCGCUGAGCCAUGAAGUGAGAGAUCUCCAGCCGCACACGGAGUACGAGUUUCGGUUGGCUGCCUGCAACGGGUUUGGCAGCACGCACAGUGCUUGGGUUGCGUUCAUGACGACAGAGGACAGACCCGGACCUGUCGACCCUCCGAUUCUUCUGGACGUGAGAUCAAGAACGCUAUCAGUCACCUGGCAGCAUCCUUUAAAGCACAAUGGCAUCCUUACCCAUUACCAUGUCUACCAGCGUGGCCGUCUCCUUUUGACGACGUCUGGGAAUGUCACCAAUUGCACGGUGACCCAUUUGCACCCAUUCACCGCCUAUGCAUUUCAGGUGGAAGCCUGCACUUCGAAAGGGUGUUCCCUCUCGCCAGAGUCCCAGACUGUGUGGACACUCCCAGACGCACCAGAAGGCAUCCCGAGCCCAGAACUGUUCUCUGAUACCCCAAUGUCCGUGAUCAUAUCGUGGCAGCCCCCUACCCACCCCAAUGGCUUGGUGGAGAACGUCACGAUCGAGAGGAGGCUUCAGGGCAAGGAGGAAGUCACUGCCCUGGUGACUCUCCCAAGAAAUCAUUCCAUGCGGUAUAUCGACAAGACAGCUGCUCUCAGCCCGUGGACGAAAUACGAAUACCGCAUGCUGAUGAGCACUCAACAUGGAGGUACAAACAGCAGUGCUUGGACCGGAGUGACCACGAGACCCUCACGCCCUGCUGGGGUGCAGCCGCCCACGGUGCACGUGCUGGGGCCAGAUGCAGCCGAGGUCGCCUGGCAGCCCCCGCUCGUCCAGAACGGAGACGUGCUCCGCUACGAGGUCCGCAUGCCCGACCCUGCCAUCGCGGUUCCCGACGUCACGCCCUCGGCCUUACGUCGCGUGAUCGCUCCCCUGAUUCCUUUCACGAACUACUCUGUCACCGUCGUGGCCUGCACCGGGGGUGGCGGGCACCUGGGAGGGUGCACAGAGAGCUUGCCCACCCGCGUCACCACCCACCCCAGCCUGCCCGAGGGCGUCCACCCAUUGUCUGCGGUCCCCCUGAGUGAAUCCUGUGUCGGGAUUUCCUGGCAGCCACCCUCCCGGCCAAACGGGCCCAAUUUAAGAUAUGAGCUCCUGAGACGUAAAACCCACCAGCCACUUGCAUCAAAUCCCCCAGAAGAUUUAAAUCGGUGGCACCAUAUUUAUUCAGGAACUCAGUGGUUCUAUGAAGAUAAGGGUCUUAGCAGGUUCACAACCUUCGCGUAUAAAGUGCUUGUCCACAACAGCGUGGGUUUCACGCCCAGCCCCGAAGCGACGGUGACAACGUUAGCGGGUGUCCCACAGAGGGGACCCAAUGUCUCCAUAACUGUCCUUAACCACACGGCCGUAGAUGUGCGAUGGGACAAACCAACUUUGCAAGACCUACAAGGUGAUGUGGAACAUUACACACUUUUUUGGAGUUCUGCUACCUCAAACGACUCUCUCCAGCUCCUCCCCGAUGUAACUUCUCAUGUCAUUGGCCACUUAAGUCCGAACACGGAGUAUCGGAUUUUUAUCUCUGCCUUCAAUGGAGUCCACAGCAUCACCAGCGAUGUGCUGCACGCAACCACUCGCGGUGGGGAGCCUCGGGGCAUGCUUUCUCCAGAGGUUGUCAUCAUCAACAGUACAGCUGCACGUGUCACCUGGAUGUCUCCUUCACACCCAAAUGGUGUUGUCACUGAUUAUUCUGUGUAUGUAAAUAACCAGCGCUACAAGACCGGAAUGAAUGAGCCUGGGUCUUUCAUUCUCCGAGACCUGUCUCCCUUCACUGUCUACGACAUUCAGGUUGAAGUCUGCACAAAAUACGCUUGUGUGAAAAGCAAUGGAACCCAAAUCACCACCAUGGAAGACACUCCAGGCGAUAUACCAAUACCCACAAUUCAUAGCAUCACGUCAAGAUCCCUUCAAAUUGAUUGGGUGGCUCCAGGGAGACCAAACGGCGUCAUUCUCGGAUACGAAGUCUUGCGGAAAACGUGGUACCCGUGCCCUACACCCCAGAAGAAUCCCCGUGGUGAGCCCUGCCAGGCCGUGAUGUGUCAAAACCAUGAAACUGUCUGUGGACACAGGUGCUAUUCUCCUGAAACUAAGGUUUGUUGUGCCGGAGUUCUCCAUGACGCCCGGCCGGGACACCGGUGUUGUGGUGAGAAGUAUGUCCCUUUCGUCUUGAAUUCGACUGGCGUUUGUUGCGGAGGCCGAAUACAAGAGGCACGUGCGGACCAUCGCUGCUGCUCUGGGUAUUACAUUAGAAUUCUCCCAGGGGAAGUGUGCUGUCCAGACGAGUGGCACCGCCGGGCGGCCGCGGGCCUCGGGGAUGCCUGCUGUGGCGGAGCGCCCUACUCCACGGCGGGAAGGCAGAUCUGCUGUGCGGGGAGGCUUCACGACGGCCGCGGCCAGCGGUGCUGUGGGGGACAGGUCAUCCCCAAGGAGCUCGAGUGCUGCGGGGGAGCGGAGGAGGGGCUGGUGUACAGCCGCCUUCCAGGGAUGUUGUGCUGCGGGCGGGAUUACGUGAACGCGUCGGAGACCCUCUGCUGCUCGGCCCCCAGCGGGGAAUCGAAAGCGCACGCUAGGAAGCACCGCCCCGUGCCGGCGAAGUGCUGCGAGACGCGGCUCAUUCCGCAGAGCCAGCGGUGCCGUCGCGGAGUUGGCUACGACCCCCUGAAACACGUCUGCCCCGACGGGGCUUCCACCGGAACCACGACGGAGGGCCCCGAAGCCUGCGGGACUGUCUGCCCGGCCUCUAGGGAGGCCACCGCACGUUGCGGCAGGUGUGACUUCAACGCCACCAGCCACCGGUGCGCUGUGGUCCGAGCAUCUCAGGAUCCCACAGGGAAGGCAUCAGGGGGAGGAAUGUGCUCCUCUGGGGAAGAGACUGUUCAUGCAGGACGCGCAAGUGCAUUCUCCUUCACAGAUGUGAACCUGGAGCCCUACACGACGUACGAGUACAGGGUCUCUGCUUGGAACGGCCACGGGCGAGGCUUCAGCCAAGCUGUCCGGACCAGCACGAAAGCAGAUGUGCCUCAAGGAGUGCGUCCCCCUCGGUGGAUCCAGAUGAACCGCCUUGAGGAUGGAAUCGUCUUACACUGGAAGGAACCUGUACAACCAAACGGUCCGAUCCUUCACUACACUCUUCUCCGAGACGGAAUGGAGCUUUUUCGGGGAACAUCACUGAGCUUCUCUGAUACGAAGGGGAUUCAGCCUUUUCGGGAAUAUUCCUACCAGCUGGAAGCUUGCACAGUCGCUGGCUGUGCCACCAGCAGCCAGGUAGUUGCAGCUACAGCCCACGGAGUGCCGCAGAGCGUCCUGCCCCCGAGGAUCACAGCGCCCCGCGCAGACGCUCUGCGCCUGAGCUGGGGCGCGCCGGAGAAACCGAACGGCGUCAUUACAGAGUACCGGCUCCGGCAGGUUGGGAAAGGUGUCAUCUACUCUGGCACCGCUGACAGGAGGCAGCAUACGGUCACAGGUCUCCAGCCAUACACCAACUACAGCUUCACUCUCGCGGCUUGUACAUCUGCUGGGUGCGCUUCGAGCGAGCCUUUUCUAGGUCAGACUCUGCAGGCAGCACCUCGAGGAGUUUGGACGACACCGCGGCACGUUGUCAUCAACUCCGCCGCCGUGGAACUAUACUGGGGUCCGCCGGAGAAGCCCAACGGCCUCGUUUCUCAGUAUCAGCUGAGUCGCAACGGAACCUCGGUUUUCCUGGGUGGCGGCGAGGAGCGGCGUUUUGUGGAUAAAAACUUGGAGUCCAACAGCAGAUACAUGUACAAGUUGAAAGCCACCACUGGAGGUGGCAGUAGUUUUAGCGGCGAGUACCUGGUCCGGACACCACUCCUGACACCGGAAGACAUCCAGCCUCCGCAUAACAUCACAGUCACUGGGCCCGACUCCGUGUUCGCAGCUUGGACGCCACCAGGGAUCCUUAUCCCCCAGAUGCCUGUGGAGUUCAAUGUCUUACUGAAUGCUGGGAGCGAGGCACCUCUCUCCUUCCCUGCGGGUCACCGUCGGUCUGUCCUGCUGGAGAACUUGACUCCAUUCACACAGUAUGAGAUCAGGAUACAAGCAUGUCAAAACGGGAGCUGCGGGGUCGGCAGGAGGAUGUUUGUCAGAACACCGGAAGCAGCCCCCAUGGACCUGAGUCCCCCCGUUCUCAAGGCCCUGGGGCCGGCUUGCAUAGGGGUGACGUGGAAGCCGCCCGGACAACCCAACGGAGUCAUCAUCGACUACCUCAUUCACAGACGUCCUGCUGGCAUGGAAGAGGCGGCCCAGGUGUUCGUCUGGGCGGAAGGAGCCCUGGAAUUUACCGAUGCUGGGGGUGCCCUGCGGCCUUUCAUGCUCUACGAGUAUCAGGUCCGAGCCCGGAACUCCAGGGGCUCGGUGGCGAGUCCGUGGUCCUCGGCACGCACGCCGGAGGCCCCGCCCCAGGAUCUGCCUGCACCCUGGGCUCGAGCCACGGGCGCUCACUCGGUGCUGCUGAACUGGACGGGGCCGGGCUCUCCCAACGGCGUCAUUGCCCAGUACCACGUGGUCUACCAAGAGAGACCAGAGGACCCCACGCUGCACAGCUCGACCGUGCGUGCUUUCACAGUGAUGGGAACAAGCCAUGAGGCCCACCUGUUUGGGUUAGAGCCCUUCACGACGUAUCACGUUGGCGUGGUGGCCGCCAACCAGGCCGGGGAAGUUUCGAGCCCCUGGACUGCAGUUCAGACGCUGGAAUCCUCCCCGAGUGGACUGAGCAGCUUCACCGUGGAACAGAGAGAGAACGGCCGGGCCUUGUUACUUCGGUGGCCGGAGCCUGUGAGGACCAACGGUGUGAUUAAGACGUACCGCAUCUUCAGUGACGGGACGCUGGAGUACACGGGCCUGAACCGGCAGUUUCUCCUCCGGCGCCUGGCCCCUGCCACGGCCUACACGCUGACGCUGGAGGCCUGCACCCGGGCGGGCUGCGCGCGGUCGGCGCCCCAGCCCGUGCGCACCGCCGAGGCCCCGCCCCACGCUCAGCCGCCUCCCCGGGUCCAGGCCGCGGGCUCCACCAGCGUCGAGCUGACCUGGCCUGAGCCCGCUCACCCAAACGGAAAGAUAAUUCGCUAUGAAGUGAUUCGCAGAUGCCUCGAGGGAAGAGCUGGGGGGAAUCGGACCACCCAGGCCGAUGAGGACACUGUUUUCACGGAAUAUAGGACUGAAAGGAGCGCCUUUGUGUAUAACGACACCGGCUUGCAGCCGUGGGAGCCCUGCGAGUACAAAAUCCGCACGUGGAAUGCAGCAGGCGGUACCUGUAGCUCGUGGGCGGCGGUCAGGACCAUGCCGGCGCCUCCCGAAGGUCUCUCUCCACCCCAGCUCACCUAUGUGUCUCUGCGUCCCCCCAGACUGCUGGUUUCCUGGGUCCCCCCGGAGCGGCACAACGGCGUCAUCCAGUCCUAUCGGCUUCAGAAGAACGGGGCGCCCUGCCCGCUCAGCUUCGAUGCCGCGACUUUUCAUUACACCGAUGAAGAGCUGCUCCCUUUUGCCACGUACACGUACGCGGUCACAGCGUGCACCAGCGGAGGCUGCCGCACCAGUCCGCCCACCAGCGCCGUGACGCCGGAGGCCGCUCCAGCGGGGGUCAGCCCCCCAGCCCUGCGCGCCGUCAGUGCCACUGAGAUCAAUGCGUCUUGGUCGCCGCCAUCCAUCCAAAACGGAAAGAUCACCGACUACGUACUCCGGUGUGACGGUCAGGAGCACCUCGCUGGGCAGAGCCUGUCCCUGCUGAUCGCUCACCUGCAGCCUCACACUCAGUAUCACGUCUCCCUGGUAGCCUGCACGAGCGGAGGUUGUGCGGCUAGUGUGUCACGAUCUGCCUGGACCAUGGAGGCCCCGCCGCGGGACAUGGACCCCCCCAAAUUGCAAGUCACAGGCUCCGAGUCCAUUGAAAUCACCUGGGAGCCUCCAAGAACCCCAAACGGCCACAUCCAAAGUUACGAACUUAGGAGGGACGGAACCAUCGUCUACACCGGCCUGGAAACCCGCUUCCACGACUUCACUCUGACCCCAGGCGUGGAGUACGGCUACACGGUCGCUGCCAACAACAGCCAGGGGGGCGUUCUGAGUCCGCUCGUCCAGGAGCGAACCAGCCCCUCGGCGCCUUCAGGGAUGGAACCCCCAAAAUUACAGGCCCGUGGUCCUCAGGAGAUCUUAGUGAACUGGGACCCCCCUGUGAGGACCAAGGGCCACAUCGUCAACUAUACCCUCUUCGUCCGUGAGCUGCUUGAAAAGGAAACAAAAAUCAUACACAUAAAUACCACUCAUGACUCGUUUGGGACACGGGCGUUCGUGGUAAACCAGCUGGAGCCGUUUUGCAGGUACAAAGUUCGGGUCCAGGCCUGCACCGUGCUGGGGUGUGCGUCGAGUGACUGGACACGCACCCGGACACCCGAGGCAGCUCCUGCCAUGCAGCCUGCCCCGCACCUGGAGGUGCGGUCGGCUCCGGGAGGACUGCGGCCCACCGUUUCCCUUCGGUGGACGGGACCGCUUCAGCCAAAUGGACGCGUUUUGUACUACGAGCUGUACCGGAGACACGUCGAGACCCAGCCUGGACGGCCGAACCCAGUGCUGGCCUACAACGGAAGCGCCAGCUCCUUCGUGGAUUCCGAUCUCCUGCCUUUCACAGAGUACGAGUACCAGGUCUGGGCGGUGAAUUCAGCAGGGAAAGCCCCCAGUAACUGGACGCGGUGUAGGACCGGGCCCGCCCCCCCGGAAGGUCUCAGGGCCCCCAGGUUCCACGAGGUGUCCUCCACGCAAGCGGUGGUCAACAUCAGCGCCCCUGGGCAGCCCAACGGGGUCAUCAGUCUCUACAGGUUGUUCUCCAGCAGCACCGGCGAGGCCGAGGUGGUGCUGUCGGAAGGCCCGGCCGCCCAGCAGACCCUCCGCGGCCUGCGGCCCUUCACCACCUACCGCGUCGGAGUGGAGGCCUGCACCUGCGCCGGCUGCUGCAGCAGGGGCCCCACCGCGGAGCUGAGGACACGCCCCGCCCCGCCCUCGGGCCUGUCCUCGCCCCAGGUCCACGCGCUGGCCUCCAGGACGGCCUCCUGCCAGUGGGGGCCCCCGCUCUUCCCCAACGGCGUCAUCCUAAGCUAUGAGCUCCAGCUGCACGGGUCUUGCCCUCCGGAUGCAGACGCCCCCUGCACCCCCAGCCAGCCGCAGACAAAGUACAGGGGGCUGGGGCCCACAGCCAGCCUGGGUGGGCUGCAGCCCUACACUGCCUACAGGCUGAGGGUCGUGGCCCACAACGAGGCGGGCAGCGCGGCUUCCGAAUGGACCAGCUUCACCACUCAGAAAGAACCGCCGCAGUACCGAGCCCCCUUCUCGGUGGACAGCAACCUGACCACGGUGCGUGUCGACUGGAGCGGCUCCUUCCUCCUGCACGGCCCGCUGAAGGAGUUCGUGCUGACCGACAGGGACCAGCGCCUGUACCGGGGCCUGGACACCGCCCUCCACCUCCCCAGGAUGGCGGGCAGAACCUUCUUCUUCCAGGUCACGUGCACCACGGAGGAAGGGAGCAUCAAGACACCGCUCAUCCGGUACGACAGCUCCACUGGACUGGGCCUGGUGCUGACCACGCCGGGAGGGAAGACGGGGCCCAGGAGCGGUGGCGCGGAGUUCUACAGCGAGCUGUGGUUCAUCGUGCUCAUGGCAGUCCUGGGCCUCAUCCUGCUGGCCAUCUUCCUGUCGCUGAUCCUGCAGAGGCGGGUCCACAGGGAGCCCUACGUCAGGGAGAGGCCGCCCCUGGUGCCUGCUCAGAAGAGGAUGUCCCCACUGGGCGUCCACCCGCCGCGGGAAACCCACGUGGGCAUGGCCGACACCAAGAUCCCGCGGGCCGGGGCGCGCGUGAGCCUGCGGAGCAACCGCAGCAUCUCCGUCCUCCGCAUCCCGAGCCAGAGCCAGCUCAGCCGCGCCUACUCCCACAGCUCCCUGCACCGCAGCGUCAGCCAGCUCAUGGACCUUCACGACAAGAAGGUCCUGGUGGACGACUCGCUGUGGGAAACCAUCAUGGGCCACGACAGCGGAUUGUACGUGGAUGAAGAGGACCUGAUGAACGCCAUCAAGGGCUUCAGCUCGGUGACCAAGGAGCACACCACGUUCACCGACACCCACCUGUAGCGCACGGAAGCCUGCGAAACGUGAGUGGGACAGGGAGGCGGGCUGACCUGACACAGUGUGAAGGCUAGGAGCUGUCGCUUGUUAUUCCGUGACCCCUUAAGGAAAUGAGAAUUGUGUUCGACCUUGCUCCUCCCCUGUAGAGGUCUAAGAAAUGUUAUUUUUCUGGUUGUCUGUAGUGAAGGGUCCCAUCCCUAGGAAAAUACUUCUUUCCUGGAAGCUAAAACCACAGGCACUUUUCACUGGCUCUGGCUGGCAGCGCGGCCAUGGGUUACAUGGAUAACUGGCCCUCUCCAGCAGGCCCGAGCUGGUGGAAGGGAGCAGCUUGGAGUCGCACCAAUUCAGAGCUCAUCACUGCAGCUUCCGUCCACCUCCUUUGUCCGUGAGGUCGGCAGGGCCCUGUGAGGAGCACCCCGGCUGCAGGGCAAGCCGAGUCAGGGGGAGAGGAGUGACCCUGCAGUGCGGCUGCACCCUGGGCGGAGGGGUUCUCUUAGUUACAGCGCUUCCAGCUGCUCGCCACACCUCUUGUUAGCACAUCACAUACAGUUACGAAUAAAUGCCUCUUCCUAACGGCCGUGGAGUCUGGGAACAGGCUGGGUAAGUACUCGAUGUUGUGCUUUAAUUUUCUUACUUGCCCACCCAACUUGUACGUAAAGACAGACAGAGCAGAUAAUUACAACUGUUAGUAACACUGAACGUGUGCUUU